AAAGAAGACACCAGUUUCUUGGAAAAAUCGUUGUUAAAUACACAAUAUAUUUGAGCAGGGAGAACACCUAUUAUGGCACCAUCAGGAAGAAAGCAUGGAGGGAAGGCUGGUAAACCAGCACAGGAACAUCGAGCCUUACCUGCUUAUGAAUUCGAGGAAGGAAAAGAGCUAAGCGGAUCAGAGGAAGAUGUUAGAGAAGGUGAAACAUCAGUAACGGACAAGCAUGGAAAGAAGAGACCUUUGGUGAAUACUCAUGUGGGUGCAGAUGAUGUGGGGGGUGAAGUACAGAAUAUGCUGGAGAGAUUUGGAGCUGACAUUAACAAGGCUCUCUUAGCGAAGAGGAAAAGAUUAGAGAUGUAUACUAAAGCCUCACUCAAAACCAGUAACCAGAAGAUAGAACACAUUUGGAAAAUGCAGCAAGACCAACGGUCGAAGCUCAAUCAUGAGUUCUCCCAGCAGUUCCUGAAUUUAUUUCAGCAAUGGGAUGUAGAUUUGCAGAAAGCAGAGGAGCAGGAAGAAAAACUGGUGAAUGUGUUUCGUCAGCAACAAAAAGUUUUUCAACAGGCAAGAAUAGUUCAGACUCAGAGACUGAAAACCAUUAAGCAACUCUAUGAGCAUUUCUUAAAGAGCAUAGAAGAGCUGGAGAAGACCAGUGAAAAUCUUCUAGUUGGUGCACAAAGUGAACUUCGCAAAGAAAUGGCAAUGUUGCAGAAGAAGAUUAUGAUGGACACCCAACAGCAGGAGAUGGCAACUGUUCGCAAGUCUCUUCAGUCCAUGUUAUUCUGAUGGCUCACUGGAGAAACAACUUGUACCUAUGUAAC